UCAAGAAUCAUAAAAACAAAUUUUUAUACUUUUUUUUUUCUUAGUAUAAUUUAUUUCUGUCUUCUUGCUUCAUUAAAACAACUUCCUUCUAUCUUAAAUACUAUAUAUAUACAUACAGGAAGUGUAUGUAGAGGUCUGUUUGUUUUGGUUUCUUGAAAGAUUUUUUUUGAAGAGGGAGCGACAUCGUUUGAGCGGUUUUGAAAGUGAUUGUAUAUUCAAAACACCCUUUUUAGUUCAUUCUUUCUUUGGAAUUUGGUUUUUCUGUUUUUGAUCCGUUGCUUUACCUAUAAGGACUAUUCGACUUUCUUUCUUUCUUUAUAUUCAUUUGAAAAAGUUCAUCUUUUUGUCUUUCUUUCUUUUUUUACCCAAAUCUUGAUAACAAAGACCCUUGUUGUGUGGAUUGUUUUUUUUUUUUGGAGCUCUAUUCAUGCAAAGAUGAAGUCUUGGAAUACUGUUUCUGUGCCUGAUCCUAAAAGUAGAUCAUUUAUCUGCAGCCUCUUCUUGACUCUUGCUUUAAUUUGUGCUGUCUACUUUACCGGAAGUGCUUUGAUGGCUAAGGAUUUCAGGGCUUUUUCAGGUUUUACAAUGAACAGUACAAAGCAGAAUGGACAAUGCGGAAAAUGCGAGGUACCACCACCAAGAGAGGAAAAACAAGAGAGUCAUGUGACAGAGAAUGUGCAAAAUAAUAAAUGCCAGAAAAAGUGCAGGCCAUUAGGGAGUGAGGCACUCCCAGAAGGAAUUGUUUCUAAAACAUCAAACCUGGAAAUGCGACCAUUGUGGGGUGAUGUUGAGAAGUCACCACAUUCAGUUAACUUAUUGGGAAUUGCAGUUGGAAUAAAGCAAAAAGAGCUGGUGAACAAAAUUGUUAAAAGGUUUCUUGAACAUGACUUUGUUGUGAUGCUUUUCCACUAUGAUGGUGUGGUGGAUGAGUGGAAUGAUCUUGAGUGGAGUAAUCGUGCCAUACAUGUCUCUGCUAUGAACCAAACAAAAUGGUGGUUCGCGAAGAGGUUUCUGCACCCGGAUAUAGUUUCUGAAUACGACUAUAUUUUUUUGUGGGAUGAGGACCUUGGAGUCGAAAACUUUCAUCCGGAGAAGUAUAUAUCUAUUGUAAGAGAAGAAGGCUUGGAGAUAUCACAGCCAGGACUUGAUGCUAGUAAAUCGGAAGUACAUCAUCAUAUUACUGUGCGCAGAGGGAGAUCCAAGGUGCACAGGAGGUUCUACAGAUUAAAUAGAGGUGGCCGAACGUGUGAUAACAACAGCACAGAACCUCCUUGUGUGGGGUGGGUAGAAAUGAUGGCUCCGGUAUUCUCAAAAGCCGCUUGGCGUUGUGCUUGGUAUAUGGUCCAGAACGACCUGAUCCAUGCAUGGGGCUUGGAUAUGAAGCUUGGUUAUUGUGCACAGGGUGAUCGUACCAAGAAAGUUGGCGUGGUUGAUGCAGAGUACAUAACUCAUUUGGCUAUCCCUUCUCUCGGUGCUAAUUCAGAUGUAGAAACGGUGAUCAAAGAAUUAGAUAAUAAUUCACCGCAAGGGAAGAACUUGUCUGAUUCUGAUACAUUGGCUGCUCCAGUUGAGAAAUUUGACAAUCGGUCUCUGGUUAGGAGACAAUCGUAUAUCGAAAUGAAGAUUUUUCGAGAGAGGUGGGGUAAAGCCAUCAAGCAAGAUCAAUGUUGGGUUGAUCCAUUUCAAAGUCAAGAAAAAGGGAGAACAGAGACAUACACAUAAUGAAAUUUCUGAUAAGUUAUAUAGUUGUUUGUAUAUACAUUGUAUACAAAGAGCAGCUAAGAGUAAAUAGCCAUACAAGACUGAUAGAUAAAUUCAGUCAUCUUUCUUUUGCCUUUGGGAAUCAUUUUUCCUUCUCAUAGAUAAAUUUUGUGGUAUUUGUAAAUACCAUUUUUUUCUUCUUUUUUUGGUCUAAUGCCAAGGGUGCUGUAUAGGUAUGUUUAUAUUUAUGGCAUUCAAUUUGGUGAUUUGUUUCAGAUCAACAAUAUUGCUCAUAAGUACUGCCUCUUGGCUCACUUGUAUCUUGCUAUUUUGCUGUCUGA